AUGAAAGGAUUUAUACUGCUUUUAGCUUUCUUCGAGAUGGCAACCUUCAUCACAGCAAGGCCAACACACUUCCAGUGUGGCAGGAAACCUGCCGACAUCAUCUUCAUCAUCGACACGUCGUCUAGCAUCUGGCGCCCCGACUUCGACAACCACGUCAUUCCUUUCGUCAAAGACGUCGUGCAGAUGUUCGACGUCGGUCCGGCGGAAAACCAGUCACGCGUUGGCGUCGUCACGUUCGCCGACGACUACGUGCACGAGUUCCACCUGCACGACCACAUGGACGGCGUCAGCCUGGCAGCGGCGAUCGACGACAUCAGCUUCAGCGGCGGCAACACCAACACCUUCAAGGCGAUCAGCUACAUGACGGACGAGAUGUACCGCAAGGAAAAUGGCGCCCGAGAUAACGUGGCGCAAAUCGCCAUCAUUCUGACGGACGGGACGUCGGACGACCGCGAAGCGACGAGACACGAGGCUGAUCGGGCCCGGGAGUUCGGAUUCACGAUCUUUGCCAUCGGAGUCGGCUACAGGGUCGGGUUCGGCGAACUGCACGACCUCGCCAGUAACCCCGAUUAUCAGACGCUCUUCUUCGUCGCCGACUUCAGAGCACUGGACAGCAUCAAGAGACUUCUGGCGAUAAGGACGUGUCAAGUGAAAAUAACCCAUACUACAACAACGCAGCUACCAACUACUACAACGACGAAGCCCACACCGACGACUACUACUAAACCUACUACUACCACUACGACACCCAAGCCUACUACCACCACGACACCCAAGCCUACUACUACCACGACACAAUCGACUACUACUACUACACCAACAACAACUACCACACCAACAACUACCACAACAACACCGUCGACUACCACUACAGUGACGACACCCACGACAACGUCACCAGAGCUUCUACCACAGGACCAGGCUGUGAAAGACUGCACCCGUGUACCAGCCGACGUCUACUUCGUGCUGGACUCGUCCUCCAGUGUGUACGUGCUCGACUUCAACAACAAGAUGCUGCCCUUCGUCAGGAACAUCGUCAGCAGCUUCACCAUCGGGGCAGACGACAGCCGCGUUAGUCUGAUGACCUUCUCCGACGUGCUCAACCCAGUCUUCAGUUUCGGCGACUUCACCUCCAAAGACGCCCUGCUCAAAGCCAUCCGCCCUGAGAUUGUGAAGUACUCUGGAGGCGGCACGUACACCCACCAGGCCAUCAAGUACGUCAGGGAGAAGGGCUUCUCGUCCAAGCUUUCCCGGGAAGGUGUUCCCAAAAUCAUGAUAGUCAUAACAGACGGCGUUUCGUAUCAGCCAAAAUUGACGUCUGCUGAAGCGGAGGCCGCAAAGGCUGCUGGAAUAUCGGUGUUUGCUAUUGGCGUCGGUCCAAGCGUUGACCUGGAUGAGCUGAAGAGAAUCGCCAGCGAUCCGGCUGAUAACUUCAUGUUCAGCGUCACGGACUUUGAUGCUCUGGACAGCAUCAAGGGUCUGAUGGCAGAGAAGACUUGCUAUGCUAGAGUGGCCAGGAAAGAGGCGACACCUCUCACAGAAUGUGAGAUUGCACCCACCGAUCUGAUGUUCCUCUUCGAGUCUGCGUCCAGAUCUGUUUCGCAGCGACGGGCCAUCCACCAGAGGAUCACAGCAGUGGCCGAGAAGAUCGACACCGUGCCCGUCCUCAAGUCCAACAUCCGGGUGGGAACCCUCACGGACCCGUGUCCCGCGGAGAACGCCAUCUCCUUCACCGACCUCAGAUCGUUCCAGUCCAAAAUGGCGUCGGCGGUCAGCAAAACCAACAUUCGGCUCGACGAGCUGGUGAGGCAGUUCAGAAGAGAAAAGGUCGCCAAAGACGAAGAGGUCAGACAGCGCGUGGCAGUCCUGGUUGUUGACGAGAACACGCGGAAGGUCGGUCGUCUGCUGGCGGAGGCGGGGCGCGCCAAAUACAAGGGAAUCGAAGUCUACGUCAUAGCUGUCGGUGCAGUCAAGGAUGACGUACUGAAGGCCCUCGCCUCGAGCCCGACAACAGGUCACGUCAUGAAGGUGGAGAGCUAUGACCUUAUGGAGACAACACAGCUGAACUUAUUGGACAGAAUGUGUUCUGGUUCCAAGCCAGGCAGACGAAUACCAGCUGUGAAACAUCAGUGAUAUAAUUACUGAGCCUGGCAUGACUUUGUGACUCUGAUAUGACCGUGUUAGGUGUAACUCGUGUGAUAAAAGAAGACGACAUAGUGUGGUGGUUGUGGAAAUUGUUGUGAUUGUGGUUUGAUUUGUCUGCGUGUGCAUGCGCGUGUAUAUGCAUGUACGUGCUUGCGUGUGAGGGUGAGUGUCAUCGUUAAGAAUUUUUUUGGAAUCUUGAAACCCAUUCAGAAUAGAAAAUCAGCAAGUGACUCUGUCGACGGCCGUGGGUAGCGAACAAUUCGUAUUGCCUCCAAAACAUCUGGGUUCUCGGUGGAAGCGAACUAUUCUGUUUUCUAGAUCUACAGUUUGUUAGUACUGUAGCAUGUCAUAUCAUCCCCAAAACAUCUGGGAUCUAUGUGGUGGUAUAUCCCCAGGAUUCUCUUAAAACAAAAUCUUCCUGCAGUAGAACCAUCUUUGCUUGUGAAAUCAAUGAAUGUAAUGUGUUAAAAAACGGACGUGUAUGUAAUAUGUUAAUAUCUUGAAGUGAUGCAGCUAUUUGUAUUGAAAAACAAGUGCUCGUGUUUGCUUGGUGGAAGUAUGUUUGAAAGACAAGACGAAAUAAGACGUAUUUCAAAUAAACAACGGUAGUAAUUAUUCAAGUCAAGUAGAAUGGCGUUGGCACCUAGAACUGACCUAUAUCCAGAUCUGAUACAUUCUCUGGUUGUGUAGUAAUUAUGAUGUACUCUUUACAUGAUGUACUUUGUCGUACAUAUCUCAUAUAUUUAUUUAAUAAAUUGUAU